AUGCGUUUCUUCUUCACGUUCACUUUUCUGACGCUCGUCUGCGCUGCCACUGCUACUUUGAGGCCAUUUUUGGGCGCAUCGCGACGCGAUGCCUCCUCGGACGGGUCUGUUUAUCAGGAAGCAGACGCAGCUGGAGAGCAACAAGCUGGCAAUCGCGGACAGCAACAAGAGAGGGCAUACUUGGGGCAGACGGUUCUCCGUCGCAACCUCCUUCCGAAUGGUUCGUCCCACGCGUCUGAGCUUAAAGAACAACGGCGCCGGGGAGAGACGGAUCUUGUGAUCAUGCGUCGUUCUGGUCUUGUCACCCAAGAGAACGGUCCUUUUUACGCAGCUUGGAACGAUACAGUGCCACUUCUUCACGCCAAGAGGGGUCCCGACUUCACCCGUCGCGCACUCCGCCCGAUCUUCAAGAUACCGCUUACCACUGGAAGGCCCGAUGCUGACACAGAUAUGGUUAUCAACUUCGCUCGUCGCGAUAUCUUACCAAACGGCUAUCCGCUCACGGCUGAAGAGCGGCGGGAUUUGCCUGAUGCUAACCAAGAGCUUGGCCCUUUCUACGUACCAUUUAACGUCAAAAUGCCACUUACUCGCGCCAAUAGGGGCCUCGACUUCACUCGCCGUGCACUCCGCCCGUCCGUCAUACCGCUUGGUGCUGACAUAGACAGAGAUUUUGGGUUCACCCGUCGCGGUAUUCCGUCCUCUGGUGGGCCGUUUCUCUCGCACAUGGGACGACAGGCGCUUGCGGAUAUGAGAAUCCGGACCUUGCGCCGCCUUUAG